AUGGAGAGCCUUGAUAAAAGGGCGCCGAAUGCGGUGCAGCCGCCCGACCUCAGAAAUGAAAGUUCACUGGCAUCUACCCUGAAGACGCUCCUGUUCUUCACAGCUCUAAUGAUCACUGUACCUAUUGGGUUAUAUUUCACGACUAAAUCUUAUGUUUUUGAAGGCGCCUUUGGGAUGUCCAAUAGGGACAGCUAUUUUUAUGCUGCUAUUGUUGCGGUGGUCGCCGUCCAUGUGGUGUUUGCCCUCUUUCUUUAUGUGGCCUGGAAUGAAGGCUCACGACAAUGGCGUGAAGGCAAACAGGAUUAA